GCCACAUUUCUGCUCACGCGAGAAGGCGACAUCUCCCUCUUCACCUUUCCGUCCUUGAAUCGCGCAACCCCCGCUCUCCUAAAACCCAAGUUUCGAGUCGUUUCUAUUAUUGAUCAGAAAUGGGCAAACGCAAGAAGGCGGCCAAGAAACCCCAGGGCCCCAAGAAGAAGGAGAAGCUAUCCACCACCUUCCAGUGUCUGUUCUGCAACCACGAGAAUAGCGUCGUCGUGCAUCUGGAGAAGAAGUCGUCGGUCGGGAACCUGCAUUGCAAGGUCUGCGGCCAGGACUUCCAGACCCCCAUAAGCGUGCUCACGGCUCCCGUCGACGUCUACGCGGAUUGGAUCGAUGCCUGCGAGGAUGUCGCAAAGCGGACGGCGACGGGGAAGUCGGAGAAUCGGAUUGGAGGGCCGCCGAGGGCCGCUGCUGCUGCUGCCAUGGGAGGAGCUGGCGCAGAGGACGACCUGGAUGGGUUCAUCGAGAACGACGAAGCGGAUGCGGAAGCCGACUACGGGGAUGACGACGAGUAGGAUGGUAUGACGUGCGAGGACUGUAUAACAUUGGGGGUUGGGGCUUCGGGAUGCCUAGGGCUUUCAGUAUACGGGUUGAGGGGCUCUGGGUUCGAGACGGCGUUCAGGUUACGUUGGCAUCGAGGGCCCGUUAGGAAGGCCGGCGGUCAGCGCCAUGCAUCGGGGCUCAGGAUAUAUCUACUACAUUUGAUAUAACGGAGUUAGUUAUGCGACCC